UAUCUUUCCAGGUCUAGUAUUUCGUGGAGUUUUUCUUUUCCUUGCCUCUAUUGCCGGAUCUACUAGGAGGACGGGCGGCUAUAAUGAUGCGCUAUUUAUUUCCUUAGAUGCUACCAUUGUGUACGACAUUUAGAUCGAAUUCGAUGACUUUUUGUUUUUUGGGACCUCGAUGAAGUUGUCGUAGUACGCAUCCGCUGGCUUCUUGUCAUUUUCCUUUGUUGAAGUAGUUCGCCUCGACUACCACCAGUGCCAUCAAGUUUCUUCUUUCACUUUCUGAAUCGAAGAACGAACUCGAACAAAAUUAAUAACGCACCAGACCAUGGGCGACAUCAAUCAGAUGAUGGAUUUUGACGAGGGUGCCCGUUCCGGUAAGGGCAAAGGCAAGAGCGGCAAGGGGGGCGGCGGUCUUUCCGCGGGCGGGGGAGGCGGGUCUCGCGCCAACAUCACCCGAUCUGCCGCGGGGGCGCCGUUUCUGCAGAAAAUCAAGCAUAUCAAAUGUAAAAAUGUCUGGGUCUGGAAAAAUGCGAGUUUGUCAUGCUUGUCUGGCAUGACUCUUAAAUCUGUCACGCACAUUACCAAAGAGCCCCACUUUUCUGUCAUGCAGAAACGUAGUUUGUCAUGCAGAAUAGGCAACACCUAGAAGCUUAGAAACUUGUCAUGCUGAGCCAGCAAAAAUUGUGGCCUCCUCAUGAUAUGCCACACAGCAUCACAAAUUUCCAGACAUCCAGGGAUUUUUACAUUUGAUAAAGCAGCAGCUGGCGCAAAAGGAGCACGACAUCGAGGAUAAGACGGCGAUAUGAAAUGCAAAAGCAUCGUACUAGUAUAAAUCGCAUGACAAAUUUCGUCAGCAUGAGAAAGAAAAUUUGUAAUGCGGAUUUAACUUGAGAAAGAAAUUUGUAUUGCACGAAUGCGAUUAGUACGAUACUUUUGCACAGGAUAGGCGAAGAGGAGACGACUCGCGGAGGAAAACGACAACGAGUUCGAAGACGACAUCCACGAGGCCCUUUUUGUCGACGAAGAAACCGGCGCGGACACGGGCAUGAGUGAGUUCGACCAGAAGAUGGCUCGGAAGCUACAGGAGCAGCGGAUGCGGGCCGAGCAGGAGGCCAAGGAAAAGUUCGCGGAUGCGGACAAGCCCAUAACGUUCAAACUCUCGAAGGAGAAGGAAGAGAAGCGGCAAAAACGGCUGGCCGAGGAAAAAGCCGAGGAGCAACGAAUACGGCAGGCGGCAAUAGACAAGGCGCAACAGCGGGCCCAGCUCGAUCGCCCGGAGUUCUACUGGCGCUUGUCGGAAGAGGAAAAAGACAUCUACGACAGGUGUCUGGCAAUCGACCGGAACAUUUGCUUCCAUUUCAACACGAAGCGCGGAUGCAACAAGGGAGACAGCUGUCCCCGGAAACACGUCAAAAUAGAGACGUUUACAGCAACCAGCACAAGAAAUAGCAAUGAAGCCACAAGCAGUGGCGCUGGCGCCGCUGCAACUGGGGCUGGCGCAACGAAGGAGAACGUGAUCAAGGAGAAAGACAAAAAAGCAGUGAAGCCAAAGGUAGUCAUGAAUUAUGACGACGAUGAAGAAGAAGAGAGUGACUGAGGCUCUCUUGAUCUACUUCUUUUCCUGGCAGCUACAUAUAGCAAUUAUGCUGCAGAUUCAACAGUUCUAUUUCAUCAUUAUGUAGAUGCUGCAGUAGUUCCAGGAAAUAGAAAUACAGCUGAUGUGUCCUCUUCUAGCGACAUCAACACAUAUUAAGCACGAGCGCCUGUGCCGCGACAGUAUCUUUCGUUAGUGCUAUGUGCACUACGUUCUUGGUCUCCCAUUGAAUACCGAGUUCUCCUGCUCGGAGCGCAGAUUUGUAUCAUCACUGCCGAAAAAUCGACAAAGUUCCAACAAAAAAAAACAGAAAUCUGCUGUCUUCAACAAAAACUCGACAGAAAAUCGAUCCGCAGCCCCAGC